UAGUGGCAAACACCAUCCAAAUAAACUAUGACCUAAAGGGUCCAUUUACCAUUCUUGCCUCCAAAAGCAAACCAAUUAUAUUCUCUCAAUAUCAACUAACCAAAAAUUUUAAAAGAAAAAAAGUAAAUGAACACUUCCUAUGCGUCACUCUCUCCUUUUAUGCAAUUUUUUUUUUUCUCUUUCUCUAGUCCCCAUGCACCUCUCUCAUCCAACAAAAUCACAGUCCUGAAGACUGAUUUCUAAAACUGACAAUUUUUUUUUUGUUUUCUAUCUGGGCUUGUGGGGGUGGUGUCCGUCUCCUCCUUCUAACUCUGCUGCGAGUUCCAAUGGAGAUAUUCCGUUUCUUAUACUUGAACAUUUUCUUGAUCUUGAUAUUCACUGCUGCAGUUGUUUCAGCUACUGAUCCUUACUCUGAAGCCCUCUUGAGCUUAAAAUCGGAGCUUAUGGAUGACGAUAACAGUUUAGCUGACUGGUUAUUGCCUUCUGUUGGGAAUCCAUCAAAGAAAAUCCAUGCAUGUUCUUGGUCGGGGGUAAAAUGCAACAAGAAUUCUACUGUUGUUAUUGCUCUUGAUAUUUCUUUCAAGAAUCUCGGUGGUGCAUUUCCAGGAAAGCAUUUUAGUGUCUUUACUGAGCUUGUUGAUCUCAAUCUGAGUUAUAAUUCCUUCUCCGGUCGGCUUCCUGUUGAAAUCUUUAACCUUACUAAUCUAAGAAGCUUAGAUUUCAGCAGAAACAAUUUUUCUGGCCAGUUUCCAAGUGGGAUUUCCAGUCUUCAAAACCUUGUUGUCCUCGAUGCUUUUAGUAACAGCUUUUCAGGUCUAUUGCCAGUUGAAAUUUCUCAGCUCGAGUAUAUCAAGAUUGUCAAUCUUGCUGGGAGCUACUUUGAUGGACCAAUCCCACCUGAAUAUGGCUCUUUCAGGAGUCUUGAGUUUAUUCACCUAGCAGGUAAUCUUCUUAGUGGAAACAUACCACCAGAAUUAGGCAGACUCAAGACAGUGACCCAUAUGGAGAUUGGCUAUAAUUCCUAUCAGGGCAGUAUUCCAUGGCAAUUGGGGAACAUGAGUGAGAUUCAAUAUCUUGAUAUAGCUGGAGCAAGCCUUACUGGUUCAAUACCAAAGGAACUCUCCAAUCUCACCAAGCUUCGGUCACUAUUCCUCUUCAGAAACCAUCUUACAGGAUUGGUUCCAUGGGAGUUCGGCAGAAUCGAGCCUCUUUCUAGCUUAGAUCUUUCUGACAAUCAGCUCUCUGGUCCAAUACCAGAAAGUUUUUCAGAGUUAAAGAAUCUUAAGCUGCUAAGUCUCAUGUAUAAUGAAAUGAAUGGCACCGUUCCACAAGGCAUUGCUCAGCUUCCAUCACUUGAUACUCUACUUAUAUGGAACAAUUUCUUUUCUGGGUCACUUCCCGAGGACUUGGGCAGGAAUUCGAAGCUGAAAUGGGUUGAUGUUUCCACCAACAAUUUUGUGGGUAGCAUUCCGCCUGAUAUUUGUGCAGGAGGUGUUCUGUUCAAGUUGAUCCUGUUUUCAAAUAAUUUUACAGGCAGCCUUUCACCAUCUAUUUCUAAGUGUUCUUCGCUUGUUCGUCUUCGGAUUGAAGAUAAUUCUUUCUGGGGUGAAAUUCCUCUGAAAUUCAACAAUCUACCUGACAUCACAUAUGUAGACCUUUCCAGGAACAAGUUUACUGGUGGGAUUCCUAUAGAUAUCUUUCAAGCGCCGCAGCUUCAAUACUUCAAUAUCUCCAAUAAUCCAGAGCUUGGAGGUACAAUCCCAACAAAAACAUGGUCUUCGCCACUUCUUCAAAACUUCUCAGCUUCAGGUUGUAAUAUCUCAGGCAACGUUCCUCCUUUCCACUCCUGCAAAUCUGUUUCUGUUAUCGAGUUAGACAUGAACAACCUAGAAGGUAAUGUCCCAGUAAGUAUUUCUAAAUGUCACAAUCUUGAAAAGAUGGAUUUAGCUAGUAACAAGUUUUCUGGCCAUAUACCUGAAGAGCUUGCUAGUCUUCCAGCUUUAAGUUUCAUAGACUUGUCACAUAACAAUUUUAGUGGUCAUAUCCCUGCAAAGUUUGGUGAUCCUUCAAGAUUAAAACUUCUCAAUGUGUCGUUUAAUGACAUCUCUGGAUCAAUUCCUCCCAAGAAGUUGUUUAGACUGAUAGGUAGCAGUGCAUUUUCCGGAAAUUCAAAGCUCUGUGGAGCACCCUUGCGACCAUGUCAUGCUUCAAUGGCAAUAUUGGGCAGCAAAGGCACAAGGAAGCUUACAUGGGUUCUUCUGUUAAGUGCGGGAGUGGUUUUGUUCAUUGUAGCAUCAGCUUGGGGAAUAUUUUAUAUCCGAAGAGGAAGUAAAGGACAAUGGAAAAUGGUCUCUUUCAAUGGACUCCCUAGAUUCACAGCAAAUGAUGUUUUGAGAAGUUUUAGCUUCACAGAGUCGAUGGAAGCAGCACCGCCACUAUCAGCUUCAGUUUGCAAAGCAGUUCUACCUACAGGAAUAACAGUUUCGGUGAAAAAGAUUGAAUUUGAAGCAAAGAGAAUGAUGAUGGUGACAGAAUUUGUAAUGAGAAUGGGCAAUGCAAGGCACAAGAAUUUGAUUAGAUUACUGGGAUUAUGCUACAAUAAGCAACUAGCUUAUCUCUUGUAUGACUACUUGCCAAAUGGGAACUUGGCUGAGAAGAUUAAUGUGAAGAGGGAUUGGCCAGCCAAGUACAAACUUGUGACUGGCAUUGCAAGGGGACUUUGUUUCCUUCACCAUGACUGUUAUCCAGCAAUUCCUCAUGGAGAUUUGAGGUCAAGUAACAUAGUUUUUGACGAAAAUAUGGAACCCCAUCUGGCUGAAUUUGGGAUUAAGUUCCUUGCCGAAAUGAUUAAAGGAUCAUCUCUAGCAACAAUUAGCAUGAAAGAAACAGGUGAAAUACUGAACAGCAGAAUAAAAGAGGAGCUCUACAUGGAUAUAUACAGCUUUGGAGAGAUUAUUUUGGAAAUCUUGACAAAUGGUAGGAUGGCAAAUGCAGGGGGAAGCAUACAGAGCAAGCCUAAAGAGGUACUCUUAAGAGAAAUAUACAAUGAGAACGAAGCUAGUUCUUCUUCUGAAUCAAUGCAAGAAGAAAUAAAACAGGUUCUUGAAGUUGCUUUGCUCUGCACAAGAAGUAGACCAGCUGAUAGGCCACCCAUGGAAGAUGCAUUAAAGCUUUUAUCAGGGUUCAGGCCUCAGAGAAAAUAACGCAAGUGAUUGAAGCCAGAUGACUAUACUGUCAAAUUCUUACAUUUUCGGAUUAAUGGAUGAUAGGUAUAACAAUUAGCUAGUUGAUAUAUAUGUGUGUGUAUUGCUUGAUUAGCCCCUUUUUUCUGUAAUUACCUAAAAUGUUUUUCUGUUAUAUAGUGCUUAUAAGUUUGUUUUUAUUUUUUACCCGAAGAAUUUUAUCAUAAUACAAAAACUCAGAUACUUGGUGUUUUA